AUGCAGGCCUCUCCUUAUUCAAAUGAUGAAUAUACCAUUGGGUGGAUCUCUGCAUUGAAUGAAGAGUUUAUAAUCGCUAUGGCUAUGUUGGACGAGGAGCAUGGAAGACCUCAAUCGACGCCUCGAGAUGACACCAACGCAUAUCACCUGGGCAGAAUAGGUGCACACAACAUUACCAUGGCUUGCUUGUCUGGGGGAAAAAUGGGCACAGGCCCUGCUGCUAUUGUGGCAGAAAACAUGCGCCGCACGUUCAAGAAUAUAAGGUUCGCCCUCCUCGUGGGUAUUGGAGGUGGUGUCCCAAACGGGAAGAAGGAUAUCCGUUUGGGUGAUAUCGUGGUUAGCUACCCGAAUGGGACAUACACUGGGGUUGUGCAGUACGACUACGGCAAGCUGAACGGCAAUGGUGACAUUGAGAGGAAAGACUGGUUUUGUGCGCCACCUCCCAAGGUUCUGGCUGCCGUUGAUCUUUUGAGGGCAUAUCAUACACGGCCUAAGAAUCCACGCAACAACAUGCCGGGCAUUCUCGACGAGUUGGGUGAGCUAUACGCAUAUCCAGAGGAGCAUUUGGCACCCGAUCUGUUGUUUCGAGCAGACCAUGAUCAUAAUCCUGGAGCUGAAACGUGUGGUUCCUGCGACAAAGGGGCACUCGUCCAGCGAAAAGCUCGCAACUCCGCAUCGAGCCCACACGUCCAUUAUGGUAUCAUAGCUUCUGGAAGUAUGGUUGUGAGAAAUGGCACUGAAAGGGACAAAAUCGACCAGCGUUAUGCCAACAAGAUAUUUUGCUUUGACAUGGAGGCGGCCGGAUUAGUGAACAAUUUCCCAUGCCUUAUUAUACGAGGCAUCAGCGACUACUCUGACUCUCAUAAAAACGAUGAAUGGCAAAAGCGUGCAACUGCAGUAGCAUCGGUGUAUGCCAAAGAACUCCUCUCAUUGAUCGAACCUGAAAUUCCACAUCAUUCGAAAUUGAUCUAA